AUGGUGCUCUUACUGGGAAUCAUAUGGAUGUGUGUGGAUGUCCAUUCUAAGAGUCUGAUGUUCCAGCCUCUAGACUGUGCAGAUAUUUAUAAUGACAGUACUAAAACAAGUGGAGUAUACCUGAUCUAUCCUGCAGGACCAACCUCUGGCCGCUAUGUAUACUGUGACAUGCAUACUGAUGGAGGAAAAUGGACCGUGUUCCAGAGAAGAAUGGAUGACACAGUUAACUUCUACAGAGGAUGGGAUCAGUACAAAAAUGGGUUUGGCCAUGCAGGCGGGGAAUACUGGCUGGGACUUGAAACAGUUCAUCUUCUCACCCUGAAAAAGAACUAUGAGCUGCGAGUGGAUUUAGAGGACUUUGAAAGAAAAAAGGUCUAUGCAAAAUACACAUCCUUUGGUAUUUCUCCAAUGGCUAUUAAUGCCGAACUGGAUGGCUACAAACUGCAUGUUUCUGGAUUUGAAGAUGGAGGAGCAGGGGAUUCCUUAUCUUACCACAGUGGAUCAAAGUUCUCAACUUUUGACAAAGACCAGGAUUCAUAUGAAGGGAACUGUGCCCUUUCCUAUGUGGGAGCAUACUGGUACAACACAUGCUAUUCGUCCAACCCAAAUGGGAUCUAUACAUGGGGGACAGACUCCCAACUUGGAGUCACCUGGAGGUCUUGGAAAAGCUUCAAUUCGGUGAAAGGCAUCUCCAUGAUGAUCAGACCAUUGAAUCUGGUCUGACCUUAAGAUAUUUUGUAAAACACCUCCGGUCACAAUUUGUCAUGGCAACUUGUAUACUUUAAAUACUUGGGUAAUAAAUACAACUAUAAUUACUUAAUUUGUUUAAAAAAAAUAGAGACUGAGUGUAGUUGCACUUCUAUCAUCUAUUUUCAUUUAUUUUCUUUAAGCAUAUAACAUUUCUGAAGCAUUUCUUAGUCAUCAGUUUGAUUUUUCUUGAUUUUCUUGUUGGUGCUUAUAAACUACAUUAAACAUUACAUUAUAAUGAGCUUGAACAGAGAGAAAUUCCUACUACUUACUAUUUAUGCAAAAACUCUAUUCAGAUUGCAUUUAUAUCUCAACACUCAGAUGUUUAUCUAAUUUAAAUAUCUGAAUGUUCUGAUUUUAGUUAUAAACACUGUAUAACUCACUUUGCAUACAAUGGUCUCUCUUACUUUAUUUACUCCAGGAAAUUAUGGAACUGUACAUGUAUAUGCGCAGUAUUUGCUCUACUGAACACAUCUGAUUCCACGUUAUUUAGUUGGUGUAUGUUCUGAUUACAUGAGAAUUACGUGAGAGUCAUGACAUAAGCAUUUUAAGCAACACGUGUAGGCAUGAAUUUAGAAUGUCAUUGAGGAUGGAAUGAGCUGUAACGUGUGUGCUAUAAUUAAAG